UUGGAAGAUGACAAAGAUUACGAUUUGAGUCUCUUUGAUACAAAUGCAGAAACUUGUAUGAAGUGGCUAGAUGCCAAAGAAAUUGGAUCCGUGGUUUAUGUAUCGUUUGGAAGCACUGCAGACCUUGGAAAAGAUCAAAUGGAGGAACUAGCAUGGGGCCUUAUGAGCAGCAACAACCACUUCUUCUGGGUGGUCAGAACUUUCGAAGAGUGUAAGCUUCCGAGUACUUUUAUGGAUUUGAAAUCCGAAAAAGGUUUGGUUGUGAAUUGGUGUCCUCAGCUUCAAGUUUUGGCUCACUACGCUGUGGGAUGCUUUAUGACUCAUUGUGGGUGGAACUCAACACUGGAGGCAUUGAGCUUGGGAGUGCCAUUGUUGGCGAUGCCACAGUGGACAGAUCAACCAACUAAAGCAAAGUUUAUUGUGGAUGUAUGGCAAGUGGGAAUUCGACUAAAGGUUGAUGAAAAGGGAACUGUUAUAAGGGAAGAAAUAGAGAACUUUAUAAACGAAGUCAUGGAGGGAGAAAGAGGGAAGGAGCUUAAAAGAAAUGUUGUGAAGUUGAAGGAAUUGGCUAAAGAAGCAGUAGAUGAAGGCGGAAGCUCUACGAUAAACAUUGAAGAAUUUGUUUCAGAAGUUCUAAGCACUUGA